AUGCCUAGACUACGUAAGCAAUCUUCUUUGCAACGCCAAAGACUAGCAACAAAUCGUGUGAAUGAAUACCGUGAACGCAAUCCAUCUGACAGGCUUAGAAAUGCUAUGUCUAUAGCAACAAGGAGGUCAAAUGUAAAUUUCCGGGAAGAAGAACGGGAAAGAGAUCGAGUUUCUCGGCGAUUGAGAAGACAAAACUCAUUUAACCGAAGAAUUGAACAACUACGUGAUGCUUCCCAACAUUCUUUUCGCAGACAAGAUGUAACAUAUAGACAAUUAGAGCGUGAACGAGAUGCGUUAAACCACCAACUUCGUAGACAGGAUGAAUCUUACAGGCAAAUAGAGCGAGAAACAGACGCUAUGAACCAUCAAGCUCGUCGUCAGGACGAAACCUACAGAUUAUCCGAGCAACAGAGGAAUACUGCACAACGCUCUGUUCGUCGGGAAGAUGAAUUUCAAAGGCAAUUAGAACGAGACAGGGAUUCAUUAAGCCAUCGAGUUCGUCGCCAGGAUGAAGUUUAUAGUCAACUAGAACGAGAAAGGGAUGCCUUCAAUCACCAAGUUCUCCGGCAGGAUGAAGUUUUUAGACAACAAGAACGAGAGAGGGAUGCAUUAAGUCACCAGCUUCGUCGUCAAGAUGAAAGUUAUAGAGAACUAGAACGAGAAAGAGAUGCAUUUAAUCGCCAAGUUCUUCGGCAGGAUGAAGUUUAUAGACAACAAGAACGAGAGAGGGAUGCAGUAAGUCACCAGGUUCGUCGCCAGGAUGAAGUUUAUAGGGAACUAGAACGAGAAAGAAAUGCCCAUAGUCACCAAGUUCUUCGGCAGGAUGAAAUGUAUAGAGAAAUUGAGCGAGAGAGGGACGCAUUAAGUCACCAGGCUCGUAGGCAAGAUGAAGUGUAUAGAGAAAUAGAGCGAGAGAGAGAUGUUCUCAACCGUCAAGUUCGUCGGCAGGAUGAAACGUUCAGACAAUUUGAGCAAGAGCGGGAUACUUUUCGUCGUUCCCAACGUAGACGUAAUGAGAACUACAGACAAACCGAACGUGAAGUGGACUCACAACGUCGUAAUGUUCGAAGACGCGAUAUAACUUAUCGCACAAUUGAACAAGUCCGUAAUACUGAACAACGCCGCGAAGCGCGACGAGUUGCUAGUCAGGAAUUUCAGGAGCAGAAUAGGAUUAGACAUUGUCGUGUCUUAAUUCAUAGGAUGAAUCCUUACAACCGUGAACUUGAAAAUAACCGAUACAAUCGCCAAUGUGCUGUAAGAGGUGCCGUUGUUAACGUACCAAUUCAGUUAAAUACAACUGUAAAUGUGCUUCCGCGAACAGUCAACCAAACUGAAGUUGUACAAGUUCACCUCAAGCGUAGACUACAAUACGAGCAUAGUUUCAUGACUGAAACGAUAAGACCGGCGAAGAUUUACGAAGCCGCAAGAUAUCUGGUAAAUACGGAACUCUACAAAAAACACAACAUAGUUCUUUCUAGCGAUUGGUUAAAUAGCAUGAAUAGUACAGAAGAACAACCCUUUAUUUCUAAUGUUGAAGAUCUCGAGUUAGUAUCGCGGUUAACCAAUACAAACUUCAUACAAGAUGAUGUGGAUGAAGUGAAUCCACAAGAAACCUUAUUGGAUAAUAAUCCUGUCGAGAAUUUACCAUUACAGAGAAUUUCCAUUGCUCCAGGUGAGGGACAACGACCAUUAGAUAUGCUCUUGGAUGAGGAUUCUGAGGAACUGUCCUAUCCUUCAAUAUACUGUGGUGUUAAAAGAAAUUGCAGUGCUACUAUUGGAAAAAUUAUAAGGGGAGUUUCGAGACUGAUGCAAGAAGCUAUGGCUGAAAUUAGAGAAGACAAUUAUUCCGUAAAAGACAGGCUUCAACACAUUGGAAAUAAGUUCAUUAGCGCAUCUGAAGUAUCAGCUCAAGAGGCGUCGUAUAAUAUACUGGGCAUGAAUUUGUCACAAUGUAGUAGUGCAGAAGUCUAUAUUAACACAUUUGCUCCUGAGAAACGAGUACGUAUGAUAAAAUCGAAGCAAGAGUUACAAAAUCUCGAAAGAGACUCAACUAAUAUAUUUAAGACAAACAUACUCGAUCAUUACAUCCAAAGACCCGAUAUAUUUCAAAAUAUGUGUUUGGCAUACUUCGGUGCUUACUACAGUUAUUCCCGAAAAUUAAAGAAAUCACGCUAUCAAGAAGAAGAGGAUGAUUUCUUUGCGAACGAUGAUACCAAUUUGGAUCAAGUUGGUGCCCCCAUCCGACUAAAAAAUAAUUCGGGAUACGUGUACAAAAGGAAAGCGCCCGCAAUUAUAAGAUUUCCUUCUUUCAAAGUUGAAACAAAUAGGGAGGACUAUUUCCGAUCAUUGGUUAUGUUGUAUUUUCCGUGGAGAAAUGAAGUAGAUGAUUUAUUACAAAAUGACAAUGAAAAUACUUGUCUCACCCACAAGAGCACCAUUGAAGAAAACCGAUCACAAUUUGAGUUAUAUAAGGAAGGAGAACUUGAUGAAAUAUUGUUACAAGUACAAGAUGAAGAUAAUGCCGAAAACAAUGACAUUGCUGAUAACACCUUACUUUCUUAUAUGCUGGAUGAUGAGUUUCGUGCCCUGGCAAUACCCGAAAUUGAUAGUAACAUGAAUAUUUUCGAUGUUGAUCACAAUAAUGACCCGGAUACUAACGAUAAUAUUAGAUUUAUAAAAUUAACUCCAUUGGUCAGUGAAAGAGAUCUUCUUGCGGACAUAAGAUCUCUAAAUGUUAAACAACGUGCUUAUUUGCAUCAUGUUUUACAUAAUCUUGUGGAAAAAAAAACUUUCUAUGAAUACAUAGGUGGUGGUGCUGGUGUAGGGAAAAGCCGUUUAAUAAGAGCAAUUUUCCAAUCUGUCACCCAUAGACUUAAUUCUAUUCCUGGAAGUAAUCCAGAAAUGCCUAAAGUUUUACUGACAGCGCCAACUGGGAAAGCUGCAUUUGGUAUUGGGGGAUCAACUCUACAUGCUCUGUUCUCCCUGCCGGUUAACCAAUAUUCGGGAGAACUUCGACUACGUAAGCAAUCUUCUUUGCAACGCCAAAGACUAGCAACAAAUCGUGUGAAUGAAUACCGUGAACGCAAUCCAUCUGACAGGCUUAGAAAUGCUAUGUCUAUAGCAACAAGGAGGUCAAAUGUAAAUUUCCGGGAAGAAGAACGGGAAAGAGAUCGAGUUUCUCGGCGAUUGAGAAGACAAAACUCAUUUAACCGAAGAAUUGAACAACUACGUGAUGCUUCCCAACAUUCUUUUCGCAGACAAGAUGUAACAUAUAGACAAUUAGAGCGUGAACGAGAUGCGUUAAACCACCAACUUCGUAGACAGGAUGAAUCUUACAGGCAAAUAGAGCGAGAAACAGACGCUAUGAACCAUCAAGCUCGUCGUCAGGACGAAACCUACAGAUUAUCCGAGCAACAGAGGAAUACUGCACAACGCUCUGUUCGUCGGGAAGAUGAAUUUCAAAGGCAAUUAGAACGAGACAGGGAUUCAUUAAGCCAUCGAGUUCGUCGCCAGGAUGAAGUUUAUAGUCAACUAGAACGAGAAAGGGAUGCCUUCAAUCACCAAGUUCUCCGGCAGGAUGAAGUUUUUAGACAACAAGAACGAGAGAGGGAUGCAUUAAGUCACCAGCUUCGUCGUCAAGAUGAAAGUUAUAGAGAACUAGAACGAGAAAGAGAUGCAUUUAAUCGCCAAGUUCUUCGGCAGGAUGAAGUUUAUAGACAACAAGAACGAGAGAGGGAUGCAGUAAGUCACCAGGUUCGUCGCCAGGAUGAAGUUUAUAGGGAACUAGAACGAGAAAGAAAUGCCCAUAGUCACCAAGUUCUUCGGCAGGAUGAAAUGUAUAGAGAAAUUGAGCGAGAGAAGGACGCAUUAAGUCACCAGGCUCGUAGGCAAGAUGAAGUGUAUAGAGAAAUAGAGCGAGAGAGAGAUGUUCUCAACCGUCAAGUUCGUCGGCAGGAUGAAACGUUCAGACAAUUUGAGCAAGAGCGGGAUACUUUUCGUCGUUCCCAACGUAGACGUAAUGAGAACUACAGACAAACCGAACGUGAAGUGGACUCACAACGUCGUAAUGUUCGAAGACGCGAUAUAACUUAUCGCACAAUUGAACAAGUCCGUAAUACUGAACAACGCCGCGAAGCGCGACGAGUUGCUAGUCAGGAAUUUCAGGAGCAGAAUAGGAUUAGACAUUGUCGUGUCUUAAUUCAUAGGAUGAAUCCUUACAACCGUGAACUUGAAAAUAACCGAUACAAUCGCCAAUGUGCUGUAAGAGGUGCCGUUGUUAACGUACCAAUUCAGUUAAAUACAACUGUAAAUGUGCUUCCGCGAACAGUCAACCAAACUGAAGUUGUACAAGUUCACCUCAAGCGUAGACUACAAUACGAGCAUAGUUUCAUGACUGAAACGAUAAGACCGGCGAAGAUUUACGAAGCCGCAAGAUAUCUGGUAAAUACGGAACUCUACAAAAAACACAACAUAGUUCUUUCUAGCGAUUGGUUAAAUAGCAUGAAUAGUACAGAAGAACAACCCUUUAUUUCUAAUGUUGAAGAUCUCGAGUUAGUAUCGCGGUUAACCAAUACAAACUUCAUACAAGAUGAUGUGGAUGAAGUGAAUCCACAAGAAACCUUAUUGGAUAAUAAUCCUGUCGAGAAUUUACCAUUACAGAGAAUUUCCAUUGCUCCAGGUGAGGGACAACGACCAUUAGAUAUGCUCUUGGAUGAGGAUUCUGAGGAACUGUCCUAUCCUUCAAUAUACUGUGGUGUUAAAAGAAAUUGCAGUGCUACUAUUGGAAAAAUUAUAAGGGGAGUUUCGAGACUGAUGCAAGAAGCUAUGGCUGAAAUUAGAGAAGACAAUUAUUCCGUAAAAGACAGGCUUCAACACAUUGGAAAUAAGUUCAUUAGCGCAUCUGAAGUAUCAGCUCAAGAGGCGUCGUAUAAUAUACUGGGCAUGAAUUUGUCACAAUGUAGUAGUGCAGAAGUCUAUAUUAACACAUUUGCUCCUGAGAAACGAGUACGUAUGAUAAAAUCGAAGCAAGAGUUACAAAAUCUCGAAAGAGACUCAACUAAUAUAUUUAAGACAAACAUACUCGAUCAUUACAUCCAAAGACCCGAUAUAUUUCAAAAUAUGUGUUUGGCAUACUUCGGUGCUUACUACAGUUAUUCCCGAAAAUUAAAGAAAUCACGCUAUCAAGAAGAAGAGGAUGAUUUCUUUGCGAACGAUGAUACCAAUUUGGAUCAAGUUGGUGCCCCCAUCCGACUAAAAAAUAAUUCGGGAUACGUGUACAAAAGGAAAGCGCCCGCAAUUAUAAGAUUUCCUUCUUUCAAAGUUGAAACAAAUAGGGAGGACUAUUUCCGAUCAUUGGUUAUGUUGUAUUUUCCGUGGAGAAAUGAAGUAGAUGAUUUAUUACAAAAUGACAAUGAAAAUACUUGUCUCACCCACAAGAGCACCAUUGAAGAAAACCGAUCACAAUUUGAGUUAUAUAAGGAAGGAGAACUUGAUGAAAUAUUGUUACAAGUACAAGAUGAAGAUAAUGCCGAAAACAAUGACAUUGCUGAUAACACCUUACUUUCUUAUAUGCUGGAUGAUGAGUUUCGUGCCCUGGCAAUACCCGAAAUUGAUAGUAACAUGAAUAUUUUCGAUGUUGAUCACAAUAAUGACCCGGAUACUAACGAUAAUAUUAGAUUUAUAAAAUUAACUCCAUUGGUCAGUGAAAGAGAUCUUCUUGCGGACAUAAGAUCUCUAAAUGUUAAACAACGUGCUUAUUUGCAUCAUGUUUUACAUAAUCUUGUGGAAAAAAAAACUUUCUAUGAAUACAUAGGUGGUGGUGCUGGUACUUAA